UGAACUUCUAAAAAUGUGAUAACUAGGUUGGGAAGACACACGGAGAAAGGAAAAUUUGAAAACACACAACAAACACCGCGGUAUUGUGUUUCCACUGCAAUUUCUCCUUUCCUCUAAAUUUAGACUGAGGUGAAGAGCUGGCAAAUCUGACGCAGGACUAAGGCGUUUUCACCUGGAUUCGUGAUUUUAUCAUGCGAAGGAAUACAGUAAAAUGCUCUGUCUACAACUCAGGGAGAAGCGAGAAAUGGAAAACGAAAAUCAUGCAACAGCUCCAACGCCACAGUGGAGCUGUAACAGGUCGAAGCCCUCCCCAAGGAAAGCCCAAGAUGGCCGAGCUCGGCACCCACAGAAGCUACAGCAGACCGGUCCCCGCGCUCUAAGCCCGCACGGGGGGACACGAAGUGCCGGGCCACGCCCCCUUACAUCACCGACAUACGUAAUCUCGCUCUCCCGAAAACGUGCCGCAGGGAGCAGGCCCCGCCCCACGGAGAGAGGGGCGGUCCGCCCUGGACGUGAAGCACGCCGGGACUCCUCUCGAGCCUCCCGGCAGCCUCUGCGACGGGCGUGGUGCGUAAGGAGCUGACCAGCGGUGGCCGUUCUCCGUAAGAUGGCGGACCGGCGUCGGCAGCGCGCUUCCCAGGACACUGAGGACGAAGAAUCCGGUGCCUCGGGUUCCGACAGCGGCUCUCCGGCGCGGGGCGGCGGCAGCUGCAGCGGGAGCGCCGGGGGCGGCGGUAGUGGCUCGCUGCCUUCCCAGCGCGGCGGCCGCGGCGGGGGCCUGCAUCUGCGGCGGGUGGAGAGCGGGGGCGUCAAGAGCGCAGAGGAGUCGGAGUGUGAGAGUGAAGAUGGCAUGGAAGGCGAUGCUGUUCUUUCCGAUUAUGAAAGUGCAGAAGAUUCAGAAGGUGAAGAAGGAGAAUACAGUGAAGAGGAAAACUCCAAAGUGGAGUUGAAAUCAGAGGCUAAUGAUGCUGCUGAUUCCUCAGCAAAAGAGAAGGGAGAAGAAAAGCCUGAUACUAAAGGCACUGUGACUGGAGAGAGGCAAAGUGGGGAUGGACAGGAGAGCACAGAGCCUGUCGAGAACAAAGUGGGUAAAAAAGGCCCUAAGCAUUUGGAUGAUGAUGAAGAUCGGAAAAAUCCAGCAUAUAUACCCAGGAAAGGGCUCUUCUUUGAGCAUGAUCUUCGAGGACAGACUCAGGAAGAGGAAGUUCGACCCAAAGGGCGUCAGCGAAAGCUGUGGAAGGAUGAGGGUCGCUGGGAGCAUGACAAGUUCCGUGAAGAUGAACAGGCCCCAAAGUCCCGACAGGAGCUCAUUGCUCUUUAUGGCUAUGAUAUUCGAUCCGCUCACAAUCCCGAUGACAUCAAACCCCGAAGAAUCCGGAAACCUCGAUUUGGAAGUCCUCCACAAAGAGAUCCAAACUGGAUUGGUGAUCGAUCAAACAAGUCCCAUCGCCACCAGGGUCCUGGGGGCACCCUACCACCAAGGACAUUUAUUAACAGGAAUGCAGCAGGUACUGGCCGCAUGUCUGCAUCCAGGAAUUAUUCUCGAUCUGGGGGCUUCAAGGAAGGUCGUACUGGUUUUAGGCCUGUGGAGGUUGGUGGGCAGCAUGGUGGCCGGUCUGGUGAGACUCAUAAGCAUGAAGCUAAUUACCGGUCACGGCGUCUGGAGCAGACUCCUAUGAGGGAUCCGUCUCCAGAACCAGAUGCUCCGUUGCUUGGCAGUCCUGAGAAAGAAGAGGUGGCCUCAGAGACACCAGCUACUGUUCCUGACACUGUACCACCAGCUCCUGACAGGCCCAUUGAGAAGAAAUCCUAUUCCCGGGCAAGAAGGACCCGGACCAAAGUUGGGGAUGCAGUCAAAGCUGCUGAGGAGGUUCCUCCUCCAUCUGAAGGGCUUACUUCAGCAGCCACAAUCGCAGAAACAACUCCACCUCCAGCUGCUAAGACUGGGAACUGGGAGGCUCCAGUAGAUUCUACCACAGGUGGACUGGAGCAAGAUGUGGCACAGCUCAAUAUAGCAGAACAGAACUGGAGUCCAGGACAGCCUUCGUUUCUCCAGCCACGGGAGCUUCGAGGUAUGCCCAAUCACAUCCAUAUGGGAGCAGGACCUCCACCUCAGUUUAACCGGAUUGAAGAAAUGGGUGUCCAGGGUGGUCGAGCUAAACGUUAUUCAUCCCAGCGGCAGAGACCUGUGCCAGAGCCCCCUGCUCCUCCUGUGCAUAUCAGUAUCAUGGAGGGACAUUACUAUGAUCCAUUGCAGUUCCAGGGACCAAUCUAUACCCAUGGUGACAGCCCUGCCCCACUGCCUCCCCAGGGCAUGAUUGUACAACCAGAAAUGCACCUUCCUCACCCAGGUUUACAUCCCCAUCAGUCACCAGCACCUCUGCCCAAUCCGGGUCUCUACCCACCACCAGUGUCCAUGUCUCCAGGACAACCACCACCCCAGCAGUUGCUUGCUCCUACUUACUUUUCUGCUCCAGGUGUCAUGAAUUUUGGUAACCCCAGUUACCCUUAUGCUCCAGGAGCAUUACCUCCUCCUCCACCUCCUCAUCUGUAUCCUAACACACAGGCUCCAUCGCAGGUGUAUGGAGGAGUGACCUACUAUAACCCUGCCCAGCAGCAGGUGCAGCCAAAACCCUCCCCACCCCGGAGGACUCCCCAGCCAGUCUCCAUCAAGCCCCCUCCACCUGAGGUUGUAAGCAGGGGUUCCAGUUAAUACUGAGUUUGCAAAUAUUUUAAGUGUAACAUCAUGUGAAAAACAGGAAAGGUGAAAACUUGGGGGAGAUGAGAAAUGUGGGGUGACCCUGCCAGCCGAGCACGAGAGGCCCUCUUCUGAGGACAGGCCUGCUAGAGAGAGAAGAAACCUCCACUCUUCACUUGAGCUGCCUGGACUCAUAGGAGCAGAGACUGGACAGCCCAGGCUUCAGAGUCUAGAUUCCUGCAGAGUCAGAAGCCUGCAUCUCACUGUUGUUUACUUUCUCCCCGGAAAUUCAAGUGUCUUCUGCUCCCAGGGAAGUUCCUUCCUGCUUAUUUGUUUGAAUGUUCAUUUUUAAAGCCUGACUUAACCCUUCUUAAAUUAAUAUUCUUAGUUUUUUUCUCCUUUUCCUUGAUCUACCCCUGACUUUACAUGAAACAAGUUCAGUCUAGUUUACUACCCUUUCUGGAGUCCUUUUGACUCCUCCCCGACUCCCACAUAAUCGAGACUGUAUCAACCAAGUGUAAAAAUAGCUGGCCUUUUCCUUGUGAGUGGUCUUUAUUAGUCUCUAACUCCUAACCCUGUGGAAGCUAUCUGCACCCAGUAUCCCACUGUAGAGGAGAGCUCAGUAGGUGAGCAGGAGCCCUUGUUUGGGGUGUAGGUCUUACAAGACUGAGCCUCCUUCAGUACCUCUAUUCUGAUGGACUUCAGUCCUCCAGGGAGGCAGAAUCUCUGCUGUGGAGAGAGAAAACAAGCUGAAUGCUUUUGUGAGAAGGGAGGGAGGGGUGAGAUCCUCUGCACGAUGAGGGGACGCAUGGCUGAGUCCUCAGGGCUGUCUUUGAGGUGAGUGAACUAGUGGGCCCUGCUUCUUUUCUUUACAUCCCUCCUACUACAUCCCCUCCCAGUUGCUGUGGACCAAUGCAUCUCUAGAGACAGAUACUAUCCAGCAGUCUAUCUGCCUUGUCUUUUGCAGUUCUUCUCCAUGCCUUCCCUGCUACAAGUGUUUUUAGAUGUUACUACCUUACUUUCCCCAAAUUCUGCUCCUGUACUUGGAAACAGAAGGUAACUGUACCUUGACUCCUAAGGAAGCAAGUCACCUUCUGGGCAAAGGCUCUCCCUUCUGUCAUUCCUCUCCAUGGCAUGUCAAACCACAUCCCUGUGCCCUGUGGAAGUCUGUUACUGCAGCACUAUGCCUGCAGGGUUCCUACAGAACCUGAGGAAAAGGUGGUGGCUGUCUCUCCCCAGUAAUGUCACUGUUUUUAUUCUUCCCUCCUACAGCUGGCCUAACCACUCUUGAGUCAGGGUGGGGGGUAACCCCCAAGGAGGAAAUAACUAAGAGGUUCUUCCAGGGGUAGCUGGUGGUUGUGCCUUUUAUGGGCUUCCCUUUGCCUUAAACCUGAAGAUGUUUCCUCAAGCCUGUGGGCGCAUGCCCAGAUUCCCAGACCUUAAGACACUGUGACAGUUGUCUGUUGGUCCACUGUGUUUAGUUGCAAAGAUUUCACCCUGUGUGUUGUUUUUGUUACUGUUUUAAAGGUGCAUAUUUGUGAUCAGCAUUGUGACUUGGAGAUAAUAAAAUUUAGACUAUAGACUUGA